AUGAUCUUCGCUCAACUUCCAACCCUUACAGCACAGGUUGUUCAUUUUAUGCAGAGUCGUCUUUUGCUCUGUAUCACUGCCUUUGUCGUAUUAUGCAUUAUUCACACCUUUCUUUAUGCCUUCCUGCUGUCUCCUGUCAGACAUGUCCCUGGGCCAUGGUGGGCUCGUGUGUCAAGAAUUCCUCUCUUGUACGCCACAUGGCAGCGACGUCGAUCAAGAUACGCCUCAGACCUGCUUCGCAAAUAUGGUCGUCUUGUGGUCAUUGCCCCGGACCAGAUUCACACGAGCGACGAGACUGCGAUGAAGACAAUCUACGCAAAGUCCUCCAUCAAGACGCGUUUCUACGCCGGCAUGGGGUCCUGGAAAGGCGUAAAGUCAACCCUUGGCUUUGUGGACUACCGCAGCGCUGCACCAACCCGCAAUAAUCUUAUUCAAUGUUUCCAAAAUCGGAAUCUCGACACUCUUGUUGAUAGCAUGGCUUGCCAUAUCACUGAGUUCUGCGACAUGCUCAAGCCUAAAGUGUCCAACAACAAAGCCGUUGAUGGAGUCGUGAUUUUCCGCCUGCUGGCCUUGGACAUUGUCACCGAUAUUCUCUGGGGUGAGAAAGACACUUUGCUAUCGAAAGGCUUCGAUCAGACGCCUGUGUUCCUCCGUCGCUUCCAUGCGUUCAGCUCUUGGAAUGCUCUAAAAAGCUUCAUUCCUGGUUUGGACACCUACGUUCGUUUCUUAGGGUCUUCGAACAUGCGUCAAUUGCGAGCAGAUUGUAACGACAUGGAUGUUACUGCACGCGAGGCGCUUGAUCGUUGGCACGCGAGGCCCGAGGAGCGCCAUCAGAAGGAUGUUUUGAGCAUGCUUCAGGCGAUGAGCAACUCAGACGACCCGACGAAAAGAAUCCCCAGUGAGCACAUUCCGGCAUACAUGGUCGAAAUGCUCGCGGCAGGGAGCUCUACUACAUCACACACCGCGGCAUUUGCCUGUGACCAACUUGCACGCUACCCCAAAGCACUCGAGGCAUUGCAAAAGGAGCUCAUCGAAGCGUUUCCGGACAAGGAAAAUAUCGAUGAGAGAAAGAUGUUAUCGCUCCGAUACCUGGAGGGCGUCAUUUAUGAGACGAUGCGUCUCUAUCCCAUGAUCCCAGGACCCCUAGAGCGACACUUAGGGGAAUGGAUUGAGGUCGAUGGGAUGAAGGUCGGCCCAGGAGUUAUUGCCUCAACUGCCGCCUAUGAUCAGGGUCGUCUCCCAGAUGUGUUUCCGGAGCCUGAAAAAUGGAAUCCCGAACGGUGGCUCCAGGCUACUGACCGGAUGAAGCUCAAUUGGAUUCCAUUUGGUCACGGAUGCCGGUCUUGCCCUGGAUCAAAUCUUGCUCUCACUGAGCUGAAGUACAUCCUUGGAACACUCUUCAGACGUUUCCGGGUUCAGUUGCCGGAGGACUACCCCAACGAACCCCUGGAACUGGCGGAUGUUUUUGCAGCCGGCUCGAAGACGGGGCACUGUUGGCUUGAAUUUGAGGAGAUGCCGAAAUGA